GACCUGCCAGCGGGCCCGCCAUCGGGCCGCGCGCUGUCGGCCGCGGUUUCUACCCCGUCGCCCACGGGUUCGAGGAUCCCGUCGCCAGUCAAGAGCAGGGGCUCCAACUGCGCUGACGAAGCCGCCUCAGAGACCAGGUCUCCGCAGAGGUCCUGGUCGCGGUCGCGGGGCUCGCAGUCGCCGGCGCCGCACAGGAGGGACCAGGCUCUCGAGCUGAAGGGCGUGUUCUAUCGGAGCUCGAGGCGCCUGGGCGCUGGAGGGGGCUCUGCCGACGAUCCGCGCACCCCCGUGGCGGUGGCCGCCGGGAGGACGGACCUCCAGGGGCGCCUGGAGCAGCUGUUGUCCUCCAGGGAGCACUCCCGGGCCGUUGCGGGCAAGCUGUACGAGCACUUCGGGGGCAACCCCGAGAGGUUGACCGUCGUGCUCAGCUUCCUGCGGGAGAGGUGGGGCUUCCCCGAGAGCGUGUUUCCCAUGCUCUGGAAGCACCUGCGGCGGGAGAUCGGGCACGGCGAGCUGCCGACGACGGUCGGAGAGGAGGAGUGGGCCAGGGCCUUCAUACGCUGGCUGGAGGUGCUGCUGGACAGGUGCAGGGGCACGAGGGUGACAAGGCACUGCUUUGUGCACACGCGCUCGGGCUCCGACCUGGCCAAGGACUACGUGCAGGGAGCGGUGCUGGGGCGCGGGUCCUACGGAGAGGUGAAGCUGUGGCUGCACGUGGCCCUGGGCGUGGCCCGCGCCGUGAAGUCCGUGCCCAAGGUUCAGCUCGGCCUGGCGGUGGACCAGGUGGAGGCCGAGAUGGACACGCUGAAAUCCCUGGACCACCCGCACAUCGUGCGUGUGUUCGAGGCCUUCGAGACCGAGGAGGAGCUCCACAUCGUGAUGGACUACGCCGAGGGGGGCGACCUCGCCAGCGUGAUCGCCGGGGUGCAGCGGCGGGCCGCCCUGCUGCCAGAGGCGUGGGUGCGCGCGGCCACUCGGCAGGUCGCCUCGGCGCUGGAGUACAUCCACUCGCGAGGCGUCAUACACUGCGACCUGAAGCCCGCGAACACGCUGCUGCUCAGCAGGUUCUCCCUGGACGAGGCGCGGGCGGGCGAGGCGCCGCACGUGCUGCUGGUGGACUUCGGGCUGGCGGAGCUCUUCGAGGAGCCGGGCGGCGGCCCCGGCAGCGACGCGGGGCCUGCGCCGCGGGGCUGCGUCAAGGGCUCCCCGGCCUACCUCGCGCCCGAGGGCUUCGACGGCCGCGUCACGCGCCAGACGGACAUGUGGGCGCUCGGCGUCAUGGCCUUCGAGAUGCUGGCCGGGGAGAGGCCCUUCCGCGGGGCGGAGAACGUCUUCCACCUCUUCCACCAGAUCACGACCACGCAGCCGCAGUGGGGGCUGCUGCCGCUGCCGGUGCAGCAGCUGCUACAGGCGCUGAUCGUCAAAGACCCGGCGGCGCGCCUGUCCGCGAGCGGCGUCUGCGAGCACCCCUGGGUGCUGGAGGGCCAGGCGGGCACCCUCUCCACACAUCCUCUGCUGGGCGCGCUGCCGUCGACGUUCGGCCGCGGCAGCCACUUUCAGCGGGCCGUCAUGUUCUGCGUCGCGACUGGGCUGGGGGCAGGCACCGCCCCGGGCCAGGACAUGCGCCGCCUCUCGGAGGCCUUCCAGACGCUCGACGUCGACCACUCGGGGUACCUGACCAUCGACGAAGUUGAGCAGAUGAUCAUCGAUAUGGACGUAGGCUUGGAUGCCAAGCAGCUCGUGGCCUCUCUGGACAUGGACAAGGACGGGCGGCUGUCUUUCACGGAGUUCCUCGCUGGAGCUCUUCGCAUGGAGGGUGAGGUUUUCGAGCGACUGAUCCGGUAUGCUUUCAGCAUCAUCGAUCGCGACGGGGACGGCUUCAUCUCCAUGCAGGAGCUGGGGUGCCUGCUGUCUGGAGACGGGCUGCCCACGGAGGUGCUCCCGGACGGCCAGACCGUGGAGCAGAUCAUGGAGGAGGCUUCCAACGGCAAGGGCCGCCUGUCGUUCCAGGAGUUCCGCGCCUACUUCCAGGAGCUCGAGGCGGCCCAGGCGCUGGACGUCAGGCACUGCCAGACGGCGCGACGCAGCAUGCUGAGCUCGCAGCCCACCGCCGACAUGCUGGAGGAGCUCGACGUCGGGCUGCCUGGCGGCCUGCGCCCAGCGACGACCGCCGGGGCGGCCUCUCCGGCGGCUUCCGCGGGCAGCGGCGAGUUUCCGAGCUUCCACGCCUGGCUCUGGGACCUGUUCGCGGAUACGAAGGAGGUGGCCUCCUUUGGGCGGCUGCUGACCUUCACGGACUCCCAGCUCGAGUCCGCGUACGUGGCGCACUACCUCCCAGCCACCUGCAAGCAGUCGUGCCUGCUGGGCCUCUGCCUCCUCUCCUACGCGUGCUGGGCCCUGCUGCUGGAGGGCCUCCGCCCCGAGGCGCCGCCGGUGGCCGUCUGGUCCCCCGCCGUGCGCGCCGUGAACAACGCGGCCUGGCUCGUGCUCGGGGCCAGCGGGGUGGUGGUGAUGCUGCGCUGCGGCGUCUUCUCGGCGGCGUCGAAGGUGGACUGGCUCGUCAGUGGACAGCUGGAGGCGCGGGCCGUUAUGGUGGAGCUGUCCCUGUGCCUCUGGGGGUGCGCGGUCCCCUGGAUCAGCUGCUGCUUUGCCAAUCGCUUCCGGGUGGCCUCCCUGUUCGGCCGGGAGGGGUCGGACGUCUUCGGGACGAUCAGCGUCGACUACGACCUCGUCAUCGUGAUGCAGGGCACGCUCAUGUUCCUCUGCAUGCGGACGCACAUGCGCUUCGCCUGCACGCUGCUCAUCGGCACCUCCUGCGUGCUCGCGUACUCGCUCACGUCCCUGGUCCUCGGGGCCGCCCUGCCCUCGUGCGCCGAGGAGGGGCUGGCGUCGCACUGGGCGUGGCUCUCGCUGCUGCUGCUCCUGGUCACCGCGCUGGGCCUCCUGGGCCACUGGUCCGUCGAGCGCCAGCGGCGCGUCGCGUUCCUGUCGCUGUACGCGUCCUACGAGGUGCUGCAGCAGGCGGCGGACGGCUCGCGGGAGGUCGAUGCCAUCGACCUCGAGGGGGCGCCCGGGUCUUGGACGGCGGGCGCGGCCACGAGGUCGGCGCGGCUGAGGCGGGCCCAGAGCCUGGUGUGCGAGUUCGGGGAGUCCGUGGAGGUCUUCAGCCGCCCGCUCGGCAGGGCGCUGCAAAGCGUCGUGAGGGUCCUCGAGGACGUCCGCGCGGACGUGGCGCACGCAGAGCGCCUGCAGGUCGUGGACCUCGACGAGGUCCUCCUCCUGGGGCGCGUGGAUGGCCGCGCGAGGGAGCAGCUCCUGGAGCUCUUCAGCCUCCCGGUGCCGCCGCACGAGCAGCCGCGGCCAGAGGCGGCGGACGGGCGGGGGCGGCCCUCCCCGGCCUGCUGCCCGGCGAGCGAGGCGGGCGAGAGGUGGGGCUGGGACACCCUGUCCGGCUCCGCCGAGUCGGCCGCGAGGCCGCUGAGGCUGGCGGCGGACGCGCUCCUCGUGCCCUCGGCCGCGUCCGCCGCCCAGGUGUCCGGCGGCCCUGGCGGCGCCCCGGUCGCCGAGGAGUGCGCGCGGCGCUUCGUGCGGGCGCUGCUGCGGGCCUACGCGCCCUCGCCGCGCGGCGCGGAGGCGCGGGCGGCGCUGGCGCUCCGCUCGGCGCAGUGGCUCUCGCAGCGCCUGGGCCUCUGGGGGCUCCUGGAGGCCUGGGAGCAGCUGGCGCCCAGGGGAGGGUCGAACGUACAGGCGCUGCUGGCCGCAGCCGCGGCCCUGCACUGCGGCGCGGGCAUGGGCGCCGGCGGGCCGGACGACGGGGCCCUGGUCGGCGGUGAGCCGCUGGUGGUGCACGCCGCGGCCAUCGGGCCCGCCCUGAGGGCCCUGGACACCUCCGGCCUCGCCGCGGCGGCGGUCUGCGCUCAGCCGCGGGUGCUGCGGGGUCUGGUGAGGCUGCUGCUCGUGCGCGCGCAGCCCCACUGCGCGCUGGAAGACAUCCGCCGCGUGCGCGGCCUGCUCGAGGACAGGGCCGACCGAUGCCUCGAGUCGAUGUUCUCCGAGCGAGUUGUCAUGAUGAGCCUCGUGCUUGUGGCGGCGGACUUCUCUUUCCUCGCGCUGCCACAGAGUCUCCACCGGCACUGGACGGUGCUCUGCCAGUCGGAGGCCCCUUCCGACCUCGACGUGACCGCCUGGAUGCGGGGCCUCACGGACGUCCUGGUCCUGCCGCUGUACCAGCUGCUGAAUUCGCUGGCGGGGCGCGAGCGCCAGGAAGCGGCUGCGGCGCCGCUGAAGAUGCUGGUCAAGAACUGCCAGGCCUGGCGGCAGGUGCACCUCUUCGGGACGCGCUCGCAGCGCGCCGACGGAGCGUCCCCUGGUGCGCUCUGCGCGGCCGCGCUGUCCCCCAGCAGCCACACCGCGUGGCGCGCGCCUGGAGACGGCGGGCUGGAGACCCUGGAGGACCUGUCCGACAGGCUGAUGUCCAUGGGGCCCAGCCUCACGAGCCACGAAGACACGGCGCCAGUGGGCACCACCCGCUCGGAGCCGCCCGCCGGCUCGGCACCGAGCCGGCGGCGCGCGAGGCCUGCGCCCCUCGACGAGCUGCACGGCUCUGGCGGGCCGCCUGGGCGGCCGCCCGGCCGCGGCCGCUCCAGCGGCAGCGGCGCGCGCCCCGUCGGGGCCCACGGCGCAGCGCCCCCGGCGCCGCUGGCGCCCUCGCCGCCCUCGCCGCCCGCCUCCCCUCGCUGCGGCCCCGGUGUAUCACCUGUGAGCGCGGCCUGCGGGCGGCACGCCACGCGCCCGGGCGUGCGCACGGCCGUGGGCCCUCCUGCGGCGGCGGCGCGCCCAGAGCGGCCCCUGGCAGCCCUGGCGAGCGCGUGUCUCGGCGACGGGCCGCUCAACCCUUUUGGCGCAGCCGACUGCGGCAGCACGGGCGACAGGGCUGCACGGCAGCCGCACCUGCUUCACCUCUCUGGGGCCCAGGCGCACGUGUUGCGCAGGGCCUCGGCGGCACAGGCCUCGCCCCAAUGCGUGGGCGCUCCUCUGCGUUCGUUCCGGCUCGAGCGCUUUAUAGCGCCUGCGGCUGCGCUCGGCGCCUGGCCCCCCACGCUGCAGAGGGCGAUGGACUUCGACUUCGACGACGACUACCGCGACCCGCUGGAGGAGACGCCGCUGCCGCCGCCGGCCAAGCCCCUGGGCGACUACUCCGCACCCAAGGUCGGCGCCGGGGUCGAGGCGGCGGCGGCGGCCGUGGCGCGAAGCCUGGCAGGGCGGGGCGCGGCCGUGUGGGGCGAGCGGGAGGCCGAGCCCGGGCAAGGCCUCGGCUCCGAGGGAUUGGCCUCUCCUGGUGCCUGGGCCUCGGGUGGCGCGCUCGGCCGGGCCUCCGGGCGCCAGGGCGCCGCGCGGUCCUGCCAGCACCUGCACGAGGCGGAGCCCGAGAGCGAGGAGGCCGCCGUCCUGCCAGCACCCGGGCCCGCGGAGGCCGUGGCGGGCGCGGCCGCGGUCCGCGGCAGCGGCGCCCUCCGCGAGGACGCCACCGAGUCCCGCGCCCUCUCCGGCAGCCCCGCCUUGGGCGGCCCGCCCGCGGCGCCGCUGCCGGAGCUGAACGAGGCGGCCUUCGUCGUUACGGACGCCGCGGUGCGCUCCGCCGAGUACGACCGGCUGCGGGAGUGGUUCGCCUCGGGUCGGGGCUUCGACGAGGAGGCCCUGGCCCGGUGCGAGCCGUGGUUCGCGGAGAUCCUGAUGGACAAGGACCCGGGCGCCUUCUGCGCCGCCUGCCGCAGCGUGGCGGCGCACUACGCCGCGGUCUCGGCAAGGGGCGGCGGCGAGGGGGCGCAGCCGAAGGUGGUGCAGCCCGUGCAGUGGCUGCCCGCCCUCGGCGAGCGGCUGCGGGAGGACCCGACGGGGCCCCUGCCGCGGGCGGCCGCGGGGCCGCCCGAGCGCGCGGCGGCCGCGGAGCUGGUGCGGGCCGCGGCGGGGUGCCUGGGCGCGCGGCGCUUCUGGCGGCUGUUCCGUCAGCAGGCGCUGGCUGGGGAGGACAUCCGCGUCGCCGGGGCCCUGCAGCUGCUGAACGCGUGCGCCGAGCGAGGCGUCGUCGCCCAGGCCGAGGUGGUCGACAUGCUGCAGGAGUUCGACGCCUGCAUCCUGAACUCGGGCGGGGUCGCCGCGAGCAGCUCGCUGCAGGCGCUCGUGACCGCGAUGCCCUCCCUGCGGCGGGGCCUGCCCUGGGCGGAGGCAGCCGGCGACGGCGACGAGGCCGCGGCGGCCGCCGCCACUGGCGUCUCGCCCGCGCGGACCGCGGCGGGAGAAAGCCCGCAGGUCCACCAGCCCGCCUGCAUCCUGCAGGUGCUCGCCGAGGCACCGCGGAAGACCUGGAAGGAGCGCCUGCGGUGCCUAGAGGGCCUGGGCGCGCUCGAGGCCGACCAGCUGGGCGGCGCGGCGCUGUGGCCCGCGCUGGCGCUGCAGUGCGAGGACGAGCACCCCGCCGUCACCUCCGCCGCCCUGCACGCCGCGGCGCGGCUGGCGGUGCAGCUCGGCGCCCCCGGGGACCUCCUUGCUGCCCGUCUGGCGAAGGUGGUGCGCGCCCGGCUCAGGCAGAGCAACGGCCGCGCCGCGGAGGCGGCCGUGGCGUUCCUCGCGGCGCUGGCGCGCGGGGGCGUCCUGGGCCCCAGGGCGCUGGCGCAGUUCCUGGCCCAGGCUCUGAGCUGCUCCAAGGAGCAGGCGCGCUCGGCCGCGUCGGCGGCCGCCGCGGCUGCCCUCGCCGAGGCGGAGGAGGGAGGGCCGGGCGCGGCGGGCACCCCCGCCCUGCCGCCGGCGCUGGAGGCCCUGGUGCAGGCCGCGGGUGCGUCCUCGCGCAGGGAGGCCCGCGGGCCCUCGUCGACGCCAGGAUCCGGCUGCCAGAGCCCACUCCGGCUGGCUGCCGCGUCCACGCCCCCGAGCAGGACGCGCGCGCCCCACGUCGCCUCUCCGGACCCAGGGGCGGCGGACGUGCCUCCGCUGCCGGCCUACACCCCCGACAGGGACUGCGCGGCGCGGCGGCGCGGGCACGGCUCAUGCAAGAGCCCGCCCGGGCGCACGCCGGCGCAGACGCCGUCGCGGUACGCCCACCUGACCACGCCGCCCGACCUCAGGCUGCUCCCGCGCUCCCCAGAUGAGUCGGCCGCGCUGCUCCCGACGACGGCGGGCGACGACGGCGGCGGAACCGGCGCCGCCCUGGCGAGCACGCCGCCGCGGCGCAGCCCGCCGCCCGGCUGGGCCUCGGGCAGCUUCGCACCCAGCCCCGAGUCUUGGAGGGGCCCCGUGCCGCCGCCGCCACCGCCGCUCCUCGCGGAGGGCGGCCCCGGUGCGGCGGCCCCGGGGCGCUCCGGCGCGGCGGCGGUCCCGGGCGAGGGCGCUCUCAGCAGGGCGGCCAGGGGCGACGACAGGGCAGGGCUGGCGGCCAGCUCCCUCGCGGGCCCGCAGCUCCGCGCGGAGUCGCGCUUCAUGUCCUCGUCUCGCGUCCACCUCAGCGGCGCCACGGUGCGGGGGUCCUUCCAGCCGCCCGCGCGGGCCUCGUCCCUGCCGCCCGCGGCGCCGCCCGCGGCCGGUGGCCGCGCUGGCGCGUGGGCGUCGGCCGCGGCGCCGGCGGAGCAGGUGCUCCGCGCCCUGGCGGCCUGGGAGGCUGGCGAGGCCGUUCGCGACCUGGCGGACUCGGUGGUGCGGAUGCUGCUGGAGGCGGCGCCGAGGAUCCCGGUGGCGUCGCAGCCGGAGAUCUGGAGAGCUCUGACGGAGCUGCGGGGCGCGCCCUGGCUUCAGGACCACGCGGUGCUGGAGCUCGCCGUCGGCCACAGCCUGGGCUUCAUGGAGCCGCGGGUCGUGGCCGCGUUCCUGUCGCAGCACGUGGCCGACGGCCGCAUGCCCGCGGCAGUGGCGCUGGAUGGUUGCCUCGAGCGGCUUCAGCUGCACGGGCGCGGUGCGGGCGGGUCACGGCUGGCGAACUUGCUCCUCGCGUUGGCGCAGGAGCUCUGCGCUGCGGUCCCGGCCGGCGAGCUGCUGCUCCCCAGCGCAACGGACGCCUCGGACAGGUCGGCGUCGUUGCCGUCGCUGGAAGCCGUGGUCGAGGCCGCCUUAGAUGGGCGGAUCGCGGCUGCCGCCAUGCAACCGUUGCGGGCGGCGCUCGAGCUGCUGCUUGAGCGGCUGCCGCCCUCCUGCGCCCCGGAGGACUGCUGGCCGCAGCUCUUGCGCCUGCUUGGGCUCGCUGGCUCUGGCCGCAGCUCUGGCCCCCGCGCGUCCCCGCCGGAAUGCUCGCCAGCGGCCCUGAGGGCCCAUGCCUCUCCAGCAGCCCCUGCAUGGAGCACGCCAGCAUCCGGGCCCCAGGUGGCCCCUGCAACACCCGGGCCGCCAGCGGGCCCGCUCCCUGCCGCCGCCGCCGCCACGGCGCCAGCGCCUGCCAUGGGCUCGCCAGAGGUCUGCGGGGAGCUGGCGGCCGUGCUCGGGCGGGUGGACCGGCUCACGCUCGAGCUGGCAAGGGCGGAGGGUGAGGAGGUGGGCGCCAAGCUGCGCGAGCUGGCCGAGGUGCUGCGCCGGCCUCAGUGGGUUGUGUCCUUGCGGGCCUUCCUGCGGCGCCUGCUGCACUGUCAGCGCCAGCGCGCCGCCGCGAAGGAGAACAGCGCGCCGGCGCCGCCCGCGCAGAAGCCGGGCGCCGCCUGCGCCUCCGCCGCGGAGUUCCUCGACGACGACUACGCCGGGGUGCGGGAGGUGUACAUCGGGGAUGGCUUGGCGGGUGCCUUCCCGCACUCGCUGCUCGGGCACCUGAAGCGCCUGCUGCGCGCGCCCACCGCGGCCGAGACGCACCGCGCGGCCGUGGACUGCCUCUGCGCGUCGGCGCUGGCCUGCGGGCCGCUGCUGCUGCGGCUGGUGCUGCGGCACUUCGGCGGCGGGCUGCUGCGCGCCGCCGCGGCGCGCGGGCCCGCCCAGGCCGUGGCGCGGGCCACGCUCACCCGGCUCGCGGCGCUCAGCGACUCGCCCGACCCCGAGGCCGUGGAGUUCCGGCCGCGCUGGCUGCGCCUCGUGUGGCGGGCGCUCUCGCAGGCGGCGUGCGGCAGGGGGUCCCCCGGCGCGCUCGACGCCGGGCUGCUGUGCGAGGCGCUGCGGUGGCUCGCGGACGACGCGCUGAGGCUGCCGGACGCCGCCAUCGGCGCCUCCGACUCCAGGGACCUGCUGGGGCUCGUCGCCUCCGCGGCGCAGCAUCGCGGCGCCAGCGGUGCGGCGGUGCGCGCGGUGGCCGCGCGCGCGCUGCAGAGGCUGGCGAUCGCCAGGUGCGGGGAGGCAUACCUCCAGGAGGACAUCCAGACGCACCCGGGGCUGUCCGAGUCGGCGCGGGACGCGGCGCUGUCGAGCCUGGCGCAGGGGGCGCCGCUGACGCCGCCCGCCGCUCCGGUGCAGAGGUUCUCAUGGUCGCCCGCAGGCGACGCGCGCCGGCUGCCCGUGGCCCCCUGCACGCCGGGCAGCGCCGCGACAGCGGAGCGGCCCGCGGCGAGGUCGCCGGCGGGCGGCGUGCCC